GAAAAAAUAAUAAGUGAAGCAGAAUCAAAGUUGCCACUUAGUCCGGAAGACUGUGAUUGUGAUUUUGAAUGAACUCAUGGAACAAGUUUCCUCUAGAUCAAGCUCUCUCACUGUCGGAGAGCAAUUCUGCGCCGUCUUUAUACCUUUCUUUGCCAUUAUCGAUGUCCUAGUUUCCUCCGUCGGACAAUGCUUCGAUUGCCGCAGCACAUCGCCUCGGACAUGUCAGCACGCGGAUCUGGAACGUCUUGCUCGUGAAUCUCAAUUUUCAGUCAAUGAAGUUGAAGCUUUGUAUGAGCUAUUCAAGAAAUUGAGCUGUUCAAUUAUUGAUGACGGCUUGAUUCACAAGGAAGAGCUUAGACUGGCGCUGUUCCAAGCUCCAUAUGGUGAGAACCUCUUUCUUGAUAGGGUUUUUGAUUUGUUCGAUGAAAAGAAGAAUGGGGUUAUUGAGUUUGAGGAAUUCAUCCAUGCACUCAGUGUCUUUCAUCCCUAUGCAUCAAUCCAGGAGAAGACCGAUUUUGCAUUUAGGCUCUAUGAUCUAAGACAAACUGGAUUCAUUGAGCGAGAAGAGGUGCAACAAAUGGUUUCUGCUAUUCUCUUGGAAUCUGAUAUGAUGCUAUCCGAUGAACUUCUGACCAUGAUUAUUGAUAAAGUGAGUUCUUGAAAUCCCAUCUCUCUUAGUGUGAUGUAUAAUAUUUUGGUAAAUUUAGUUAGCACAUGCUUCUUUUCUUUCUCUACUUUGUUUUUGCUAGACAUUUGCUGAUGCAGAUUCUGACAAAGACGGUAAAAUUAGUAAGGAUGAAUGGAAUGUCUAUGUGCAUAAACAUCCUAGCUUGUUGAAGAAUAUGACUCUUCCUUACCUAAAGUACCAAAUCCUCUCUCUUUUUUAGAUUAGCCCUUCCAUUUAGGAUUUCCUUUACUUUAUCAUCAACCAUAUCUGUAUUUGAAUUUGAAGGGAUGUGACGACAGCAUUCCCAAGUUUUAUAUUCAACACUGAGGUUGAAGACUGAGGCACAACUGUCCAUGCAACACCGGUCAUCUUUUUUCUGCUUGGUCCUGUAAUUCGAGUGAGAUUGUCAUAGCGCAAGAGCAGAACGAGGAAAGAAGGUUUUCCUUAUUUUAUUUUAAGCCAACGUAGUUGAUGAUUAUUAGCUGUAAGUAAAAUUGUCAAGCACUUUGCUUUGUUUUGAUGACUUUACUGUAAUUGUUCCAUUGAAAGUAAUGAAGCAUUUUUCUUUUCA